AUGGCCACAAAGCACCGCAUGGUCCCUGGACAAGUAUCUGUUCCUGCGGGACGCCCCAGGGUUGAGGCAAACCUUAGCCUUUCCGGCAGCCAUAUCUCCAUUCAAGCCAUUUCGAUUGUAUUAUCGAUCGCUAUUCGCGCACUGCAGCGCAUCCCCUCGUUUUCGCGUGCUGAUUGUCGAUAUGCCACCCACCCCCACAUGGGCUGUUCAAAUCAGUGGCUUCCCGGGGCUUAUAACAUGCGGCACUCGCCAGGUGUUUGGCCUGGCAGUCAUCCAAAAGUCAUAAGUUGGGAGCCUCGCCAUCUCACCACUAGUACAGUUCAUACUACUACUAGUACAUCACCCUCGUUGACUAUUGCGGUUCCAUUGUCCGUUGGAAGGGCCACUACUUCCACUACUUUCGCUAUCUCAGCCUCAUCUCUUGCUGCCUUUUUUCAAGCGGUUCAGCUACUAGUGGUGCCUCGAGCUCUCCUCCACUCUGGCUCUGACAUCGCGCCUGUGACUGUAUCUUCUUUGAGCACCCCUUCGAGCUCCAGUGCGAACUCUACUAGCUCCACUUUCAUUUCGAGCUCAAAUACUGCCACCUCGGGGUCAAGCUUUUGA